GUCUCCCAAUCAAACACAAAUUCUCGUUUGGGCAAAAAUCGAUUACGUUCCAAGAGUUUUGGACUCGCGUUUACUAACUCAGAUUGAUUUUUGGAGAUGGCAGUGAAGGAUACUAGUACUUUUGAUCCAGAAUCCGAGACGUAUGUGGAGGUUGAUCCGACUGGGCGGUUUGGGAGGUAUGAUGUGCUGCUUGGUCAGGGUGCUGUGAAGAAGGUCUAUAGGGCGUUUGAUCAGCAGCAAGGUACUGAGGUGGCGUGGAAUAAGGUGCGGUUGAGGAACUUCAGUGAUGAUCCAAUGCUGUUGAAUCAUCUUUACGCGGAGGUUAAGCUACUGAGCGAGUUGGAGAACAAGUACAUUAUUGAGUGUUACAGUGUUUGGAAGGAUGUGGAGCGUCACGCUUUGAAUUUUGUUACGGAGGUGUGCAAUUCUGGGAAUUUGAGGGACUACAGGAAGAAGCAUAGGCGUGUGAAUAUUAAGGCUUUGAAGAAGUGGUCAAAGCAGGUGCUUGAGGGAUUGGAGUACCUCCAUACACAUGAGCCGUGCAUUAUUCACAGAGAUCUCAAUUGCAGCAACAUUUUUGUCAAUGGGAAUAACGGACAGGUGAAGCUCGGUGAUCUGGGAUUUGCAGCAAUACUGGGGAGGAGCCAUAAAGCACAUACUGUUCUAGGGACACCCGAGUUUAUGGCACCUGAGCUCUACGAGGAGGAUUACAAUGAGAUGGUGGACAUAUACUCGUUUGGGAUGUGCUUGCUGGAGAUGGUAACAAGGGAGAUACCAUACGGUGAAUGCGACUCUGUUGUCAAGAUAUACAGGAAGGUCUCAGCUGGUAUAAGGCCUGACUCCCUAGCCAAGGUGGCUGAUCCAGAGGUGAAGGCAUUUAUAGAGAAAUCCUUAGGCCAGCCAAGGGCAAGACCUUCAGCCUCUGAGCUACUGAGAGACCCCUUCUUUUCUGAAGUUGUCGCUGAAGAGCCUGAUCCAACCUCUUGAUGGCUUUUUGAAACUUCUGGUGUUUUGAGACAAAAAAAUGCUUGGGAUGUGGGGCUUAUCUCUCAUUUCUGAACUAGCAGAUGAGGUUUUUCUAUUCUGACUAUAUGCCUGUCCUUCUCUCUAGGCUGAGGUAAAUGAUGGUAGUAUUGCAAACAUUAAUUGUUAACCCCCUGUAGUUGCAUUUCACUAAAAUUGAAUCUAUUUAUUUCU